AUGCCCCUCUUCAAAAAGGGCCUACCCAAGGUCCUCGUACCUGAAAAGUUGUCCCCCGACGGGCUUGCCCUUUUGCGGAGCUCCCUGGAUGUUGACGAGCGCAAGGGCCUUACUCCUGAGGAGCUGUUGGAAAUAAUUCCGAACUAUGAAGCUCUCCUUGUUCGCUCUGAAACAAAGGUUACAGCAACUGUUCUUCAGGCAGCUCGAAACUUGAAGGUUGUGGCGCGAGCCGGAGUGGGAGUCGACAAUGUUGAUGUCGAGGAAGCCACCAAGCUCGGUAUCGUUGUUUGUAACUCCCCCUCCGGCAAUAUUGGUGCCGCUGCAGAGCACACGAUUGCUCUCCUGAUGGCCAUGGCUAGAAAGAUACCAGAGGGAUGUGCUAGUCUCAAACAUGGGAAAUGGGAACGAAGCAAGUUCGUCGGAGUGGAAGUCAAGGGCAAAGUUCUGGGUAUUGUGGGUCUGGGGAAAGUCGGUCUGACCGUCGCUCGCCUGGCCAAGGGCCUCGGAAUGAACGUUCAUGCCUUGGACCCUUAUGCUUCUCCAGCCGUGGCGGCCUCGGCUUCGGUCACCCUCAUCUCGUCACUAUCAGAACUUCUCCCCUCGGUCGACUUUCUCACUAUCCACACGCCUUUGAUUGCUUCCACGCGCGGUAUGAUCAGCGAUACCGAACUGGCUCUGAUGAAGCCGGGAUCUCGGAUUCUCAAUGUAGCACGGGGUGGUACAAUUGAUGAGACUGCGCUUCUGGCGGCUCUCGAGUCUGGCCAUUUGGGAGGAGCAGCGAUUGAUGUGUUCACUUCAGAACCCCCAGUGUCAGAUUCGACUGCUUCAAAAUUGAUUGCGCACCCACGAGCUGUUGUGACACCUCAUCUCGGCGCCUCGACGGUUGAAGCCCAGGAAAAUGUGUCAGUGGAUGUCUGUCAACAAGUACUCGAAAUACUCGCCGGCUCACUACCUCGGAGUGCUGUCAACGCACCCAUCAUCUUGCCAGAGGAAUACAAGAAGCUGCAGCCAUUUGUACGUUUGGUUGAAAAGCUGGGCAGUCUUUAUACACAGCACUACGCCGGCUCGCCGGGAGGAUCAAUGACCUUGAAUACGUUUGACCUCAUCUACAAGGGCGAGGUGGCCGGUAUCAACAAUACGGCCCCUCUAUUUGCUGCCCUCAUCAAAGGCUUACUGUCCCCGAUUAGUAGUACGGAGGGCAUUAAUAUCAACAUCGUCAAUGCUGAGCUUGUAGCUCGUGAACGUGGAAUCUUUGUUUCAGAACAACGCUCUCGCGAUCCGGCAGAUGAGUCUUCCUAUUCAUCACUGGUCACUCUUGUAGCUCGACCACCAUCCCGUGCUUCCUCUCGAGCUCCGGCGGGUGACGUUGCCGGAGGUGCAGCCCAAGCCCAGCAUCAGCGCAUCAUAUCUGGCACAUGCUCUGGCGACCAGCCAUUGAUCACCCGCUUGGGUCGAUUCGAAGCGUCCUUCGAGCCCAACGGAACCCUUCUAAUCUGCGAAAACUACGACUCUCCUGGCAAGAUCGGCGUGGUUGGCAGCAUCCUCGGGCGUGAAGGCGUGAACAUCAACUUCAUGACAGUCGCCCCGGUUUCUUCCAAGCUGAUUGCCGGAAGUGAUGUCACGGAUAUCAAAGUAACAAAGGAGACCUUGACUGAGGAAGAUAAUCCGAUUUCGAAAGAAGCCUUGAUGAUUCUCGGCAUUGAUCGAAGCGUUUCGCCCAAGGUGACGACUGACUUGGUCAAAGAAGGCGGCGUGCUCAGCGCUUGUGCCGUGACACUCUAG